AUGGGCAAGCUUCUAGGGAAAAUAAGGGCGAUAUUCCUUGUGUCGGUUUGCUGCGUCGGGUCAUUCCUCUUCGCGUACGACACUGGCAUUAUUGGAGGGAUCCUCACUUUGGAGUCAUUUCAGCAUUCAUUUAGGUACACUGAUGCAGAGCGGCCGGAUAUUAGUUCAAACUCGAACAGUCUCUUGCAGGCCGGUGCCUUCUUCUCUUGUUUCUUCGCCUGGCCGUUCACCAAGAAAUAUGGACGACGAUGGUCGAUUGCACUCGCUUCGGCCAUCUUUUCCAUUGGCGGUAUAAUACAAGUGGCGCCGACUCACUCUAUCGAGGCGUUCUAUGUUGCUCGCGUGAUUAGUGGUAUUGGGGUCGGCAUGGCUACGGUCAUGGUACCCAUGUUCAGUGCCGAGAUGAGCCCUAAGGAGAUUCGAGGACAGCUCGGCAGUUUGUUCCAAUUCUUUUUCACUCUCGGUGUGAUGACUUCGUACUGGAUAGACUAUGCUGUUGAACAACACGUUGAACCUUCCGACCGUCAAUGGCAGAUCCCGAUUGGGCUGCAGCUUGUCCCUGCUGGUAUCCUGGGUUUCGGUAUGCUGUUUUUGAAGGAGAGUGUGCGAUGGCUUGCCAGCAAGGGGCGUCACGAGGAAGCUCUGCAGUCUUUGAUCUGGAUCCGCGGCGGAGAAGACACACCAGAAGUUCGCGCUGAGAUGGCAGAGAUCUUGGAUGGUAUCGCCGCGGAAGUGCAGGCGACUGAAGGACUUACCUGGAAAGAGUUGAAUCUCCCAGCCAAUCGGUACAGAGUCUUCAUCGCGAUCACGAUCCAGAUUUGCGCGCAAUGCACGGGAAAUACUUCGCUGGCAUACUAUGCACCACAAAUCUUCGGCGCUGUCGGCACAAGCGAGAACGAUACUCUCCUGAUCACCGGGUUCUUCGGCGUGGUCAAAGUUGUAGCAUGCGGGUUCUUUGUGCUAUUCCUUGUUGAAAGGAUCGGCCGCAAGUGGUCCCUGAUAGGUGGCGCGUUCAUGAUGGGGUCGCUCAUGUUGAUCGUGGCAAUCCUUUCAAAAACCUUUACAUCCGAUCCCAAUGCUACAGGAAUCUCCGCUCCGACAGCCGCCUCCAUUGCGAUGAUCUACCUCGAAGCGGCCUCUUACAACAUGUCCUGGGGCCCGGUCCCGUGGCUGUACAUGAGUGAAAUCUUCCCGACAAGAAUCCGAGAAAUUGGCAUCGCUAUUGGUACAGCAACACAGUGGCUAUUCAACUGCGUCUUUUCGCUAGCGACGCCGCAUGCAGUCAAUAAUAUGGGAUGGCGGACGUUCCUGAUGUUUGCAAUCUUCAACUGGGCGAUCGUCUUUUACGUCUUUUUCUUUAUCAAGGAGACUACCGGGAAGUCGCUGGAGGAGAUGGAAGAGGUGUUCAACUCCAAUCUGGUUAGAUUCAGGAAGGACGAGGAGAACAAUUCGCAGGAGAAUCCGAAGCAGUGAGGUAGUACACAGGGAUAGAGGUGACCGAGAGACGUGCAAGGUUUAGUUUUCAGUGUAGUAUAACAGUAUGAAGUCAACCAAGCUGUGAUUUCCACACCAUUGUUUCAUACC